AUGCGCUUCUCCGCCGCUACUCUCAUCGUAUCCGCGCUGGGGUGGUUCUCUGCAGCCACCGCACACACCAUUCAGCUUAAGUCUCACUCGCGGGAAUGCUUCCACGAGGCCCUACACCGUGAUGACUUGAUGACGGUUACUUUCCAGGUUGGCGAUCGGGAGUUUGGAGGCAGCGGGAACUUGGAUAUUGAUUUCUGGGUCGAAGAUCCCCUGAAGAACCGCCAAUACUACAAGCAAGCAAUCUCGAAUGAGGACUACUCUUUCAAUGCAGUCGCCGACGGAAAAUACACCUACUGCUUCAGCAAUGAAGGUUGGACUUCGAACUCGAAAGAAGUCUCGUUCAACGUCCACGGCAUUGUCUACGUCCCUGAAUCGGAGAUGUCGCAGGACCCAUUGGAAGUCGAAGUCCGCCGACUGUCUGAAGCUCUUGCACAGGUUAAGGACGAACAGGGAUACAUCGUUGUUCGCGAGCGCGUGCACCGAAACACAGCAGAGAGCACGAACGGCCGUGUGAAGUGGUGGAGUAUCUUCCAGCUUUCAGUAGUUAUUGGGGAGGGUGUUUUCCAGGUGUGGUGGCUGAAGCGAUUCUUCGAGGUCAAGCGCGUCGUCUGA